AAGUACUUGUCCGUAUAGCACCACAGGCUGAGCCCCGUGCUUUGCUUCACCCGCUCCCUUUCACGUCCCUAUCAUAAAUAACCCUUAAUCACUCUCUUCAUGCACUUUUUGCCCAAGCUUUCAUGACAUCCACACAGUCGUCACAAUCUUCACAGCCGAAAAUCUCCAACAGCAUGGCAGCUGUGAACGGACAAAAACAAACGUUCUGGAUGCCAGAGAUAGCAUCAUAUUUUGUCGCAGGUGGAGCUGCUGGCGCUGCUUCACGCACAGUCGUUAGUCCUUUAGAAAGGCUCAAAAUCAUCCAACAAGUGCAACCACGAACGUCAGAUGGCCAGUACAAGGGGGUCUGGCGGAGUCUUGUGAGGAUGUUCAAGGAGGAAGGCUUCAAAGGCUUCAUGAGAGGGAACGGGAUUAACUGCCUCCGAAUCGUGCCUUACAGCGCUGUGCAGUUCACUACGUACGAACAAUUGAAGAAGUGGUUUACGGGCUAUGGGACAAAAGAACUCGAUACCCCCAAACGGCUGGCUAGUGGUGCGCUAGCGGGGAUCACAUCUGUUUGCGCGACAUACCCACUAGACCUUGUACGGUCAAGGUUGUCGAUAGCGACGGCUAGCAUACCUUUACAAACCGAACAGGCACUACCGAACUCGUCAGUUAUGCCGGUAUCUGGGGCGAAGCAGGCGUUAUCAUCUGCGUAUCAUACUUCUUCCAGUUCACUAAAUCAAACGGUGUCAAAGAGACCCGAGCUAACCGUGGUCGGAAUGACAUUGAAAGUGAUGCGAGAAGAGGGUGGAGUUCCCGGUCUUUACCGGGGCCUGGUCACUACUGCUGUUGGAGUUGCACCAUACGUAGGCAUCAACUUUGCAACAUAUGAGGCGUUGCGUGGGGUCAUGACGCCUCCCGGAAAAAACAACAUUGUGAGGAAGUUGGCUUGCGGCGCGCUAGCUGGAUCCAUAUCGCAAACUCUAACAUACCCAUUCGAUGUGCUGAGACGAAAGAUGCAAGUGACCGGAAUGGCCCAUGGAGGGCUGGGAUAUCAUUACAAUGGUGCGUUUGAUGCGUUAGGUUCUAUCAUUCGCACGGAAGGAAUCCGAGGAUUGUAUCGUGGACUAUGGCCAAAUCUGCUCAAAGUCGCGCCUAGUAUCGCCACGUCGUUCUUCACCUAUGAGCUGGUGAAGGAGCUAUUGGUCACGCCAUAAUCUACAUUUGGCUACCCGUCGUUGGUCUGAUUCUACACUAGAUCUAGAUAAAUGUAGAUCAAUACAACCUUCUGGACACACUAUUAUAGUUUUAUUUUUUUUUUCUCGACGUACAUAUAGUAUAUAUACACCUGUAGUACAAGACAAUUAUACGGAGAAAUCCGGAUGGUAUUGAUACCGCCGGGA